CAAAACGAAACAAAAUUGUGUUUCUCCUUUUGAUCUAAACUCUCUUAGGAUAUCAUGACAUCUAUAGUGCAGGAACGGGAGAAUUUUCUCAGAUUGGCCAUUUUAGUCAUCGACCAUUCUAAAGCUGCAUUAAUAUCCCUUAUUGAGUUGGAUAUACUAAACAAGCAUUUAACGUUUGAACAAUUUUUGAACCAAAAUCAACAUGAAAUUUAUCAUCUAUGCUACAACAAUAGAAGGUGCUGUAGAUGUUCACCAGGAAGCUCCCUAUCACGAAUACAUAGAAUUAUAUUUCCGUCACAGAUGCAAGUUUUGUUCGAUACCGCAGCCAAUAUGCAUGGACAUAGGCGAGGACCAGAAUACUGCUGUAGUUUUGCAAAGAAAGGAAUUGGUACUGAUGUCCUUGACCUGAUCCUAGCAAGAUGUCUUCUUGUUUAUUGCUGUACCGAUGUCUUCUGGUACAGUUGUUUGCAAUUUAAAGGAACCUCGUUUGAAGAUUUUCUUAACCAAAACAAACAUAUGAUAUAUCAUUGUCGGCAAUAUAACCAAGGCUGCUGCCAUUGCCAAAAUCAUUGUAAACUUCAAGCCAAUCGUCAGAUAGUAAAUGCACACCAAUGGAAUGCUAUGUUUAUUUCCUCUUCAGGGCUACAAAUGUGUCGGAAAAGGUCACAUAGUAGUGCAACAAACUGCAUCUGUUUUAUAUCUGCAAUAACGGGUAUCACCGAAGGAAACCUUGAUAUUGUUCUGCAACAAACAAUACUUGAGUACUGUUGUUCAACUCGAAAAUCGGUGGAAACUCUGGUGAAAAUCAGAAACAACGUCUAUGGUAACACAAAUUCAACACGGAUUAGUGAUUCAGACUAUACAAGAAUCAAGAAUGACAUCGAAUCGGCAAUAUUGGAUAUAGCAAUUGUUUGUGGAAAUGAACCAAUGUCCAAAACGGCUUUAAAUGAUGUGUACUGUAGAAAUUUUGAUCACUCACAGUUUGUUCAAUAUCAAAACAGUUUAUCAGAAACAAAUAGAGAUACAAAAAGUGUAAGAGAACUGUUAGCCUAUAUACAAUCAAGUCCGAUGACAUUGGAUCAAGUAAUGAAGACAUUGCAAACAAUCAAAGAAGGUCAAAAUGCGGAUAAACCUAUAGAUGCAAAACUGCAGAAACUUGAAGACAAAACAGAAACAAUUAGUUCUAUUAUAGAAUCAGAUUCAAAAAUACCAGAUGAAAUCAAUCGAUUGGACAAGAAAUCAAUUGAAAGAUACUGUCAGCUGUUAAAAGGGAAAAUGGACAAACGACAACAUUUCCGUUUGGUUGUGGUUGGUCCAAAAGGGUCAGGAAAGACAUCUUUGGUGAGACGAAUUCUCCAACAACCGUUAGAUAAACCUUCGAAAGUGAGGAGUACAAAUGGAAUUGAUAUACAUAUUUUGAAAAGUAAAAUACAGACAAAAAGUGGAAAAUGGAUUUUCAUGGAAGGUGUGACGAAUAGACAGGUAGCAAAUAUGAGACUGAAGAGAUGUUUAGUGGAGAAGAAUCAAAAUCAGGAAACAGUUGAAAAAAAUGACGUGUUAAGUGAUAAGGACGAAGAAAGUAAAAUGUCCAUAGCAUGGUCUACAACGUUAGAAAGUAGAAACGUUUCUCCUAUAUCAUCUUCAGACAAAUCCGAUAUUUUAAAUAGAAAAGACUUUUACCCCAAUUCUAGACUUAAUAACGAAGAAGGUAAAAUAUCGGAUGCAUUGCCUACCAUCUUAGAAAGUGAAGAUGAAUCAGAAGACCUUUUUUACAGUAGAGUCCAACAAUCUAUAUCUGAAAUAGAUCUUGAAGAUGUUUUAAAUGUAGAGCUAGAUGAGAAUGAAUUUGCAACAAUUGAUCUCUGGGAUUUUGCAGGGGAUAGACAAUUCUAUAACACGCAUCACACUUUUCUUUCAAAAGAAGCUUUGUAUAUAGUAACAGUAGACAUGACGAAGGACGUAGAAUCGAUUUUAGGAAUUGACGGAGAGGAUCCAAACUUUUGGUUUCAAACGUUACACUAUUAUGGAAAUAAAGUCAAUACCAGGACCCGUAUGGAUCCAUCAGUUAUUUUGGUAGGAACUAAGAUCGACCUGUGUCGGGGAAAUGAACAAGGAUCAAAAAAGAAACUUUUUGACAAUUGUUGCCGAGAAUCAUCCUUCAAGAAACAUAUUCGUGACUUUAGUUUACUUUCAAAUACAGAUGAAAACAAUGAAGAGGUAUUUGAAAAAUUGCGCCUGAAGAUAUUUGAUUUAGCGAAAAAGUGUCCUUCUUGGGAUCAAGAAAUACCUGUUAGGUGGAUUCAUUUAGAGAAGACUCUUUUAAAAUUAUCAAAUGAAAAGCCGAUCGUUACCAGGGCUGAUGUUAUUAAGCUUGGUCUUGAAAAUUUAGAACCAAUUGAGACAAACGAAGAAGUGGACUUAUUCUUAAAAUACCAUCAUGAGACUGGUGAUUUUGUCUUUUUUGAGGAUAUUCAAGAGUACGUAGUGUUGAGCCCACAGUGGUUAUCUAAUGCUUUUAAAUGCAUCAUAACCUCAGAUGAGUUACAAAAAGAUUGUGAUAUUUCAUCUUAUGUGAAAAAUGAUUGGGAUGAUAUAAGGAAAACUGGUAAACUAUCAAACAGGUUUAUUGAUCACAUACUGGAACAAAACAAACUCUCAAUGUAUAAGAACCAUAUUUUGACCAUUAUGGAAAAAUAUGAUAUCAUAGUACGAUCUUCUUCAGCCUCAGGCCAAGAAAGCUUUUAUGUCCCUUGUAUGGUUGAAACAACUGCAAUUGAUCAUAUUGACUUGAUUUUUGAUAACAAGUCCAAAACAUCUUGUCUUUGUUUCGUAUUUGAUUUCUUGCCUAUGCCCAUUUUUAACCACGUACUAGCAGCAUGUACAAGACGCUUCAAAAUUUCGAAAAAAGAAUACGAACCCGUAUUUUUUAAAGGAAUGUGUUUGUUUGAUCUUGAUGACUCAGGUUGUGAAAAAUUAUUUCUACUCAUGUAUCAAAAUGUUAUACAGGUACAAGUUUGGAAAUGGGAAUGUAGUAAAAACAAAAUAGAGAAAUCAUACAGCGGAAUAAGAACAUUAAUCUGCAGUGAUAUUGAAAGAGCACAAGUCAAUCGUUAUAAAAGUAACAUACCUUAUAAAACCCAAUUGAAAUGCAACAUAACACUGUACAGUUGUUUCAAAGGAAUGAAGGAUCAUGAUCAACUAAGGAAAAUGGAAGAGUAUUAUUGUGAAGAACAUGAGCAGUCACAUGAUGCAAAGCAAAUUUGGACUGAUUGGUAUGAGGAAGAUCCAAAAGAAUCACUGAUCGACUUGAACCAUAGGCACAUCAAUUUCACAAAAAUGGGAAUUAUAACCUUGGAUGUACUAGCAGAUGCUCUUUACGACCUUAUUCUUGUAGCUGAUCCGAAUUUCACAACACCUAGAAGUGAAUGUGAUAUUUCUAAACUGUACGAAAUACACAGAAACAAAAUGAAUGUCUUCAUUCCAAGCCGCGGGAGGUGGGGAGGUCAAUGGGUAGAUUUAAAUACAAAUGCAACAGCUCCAGGAGACGAUAUAGAACGUAUUAGAUUGACCAGGAAUGAGCUUCAACAUUCAAGCAAAUUUGAGCUACAAGAUGCACGAUUUUUCCAACUCUGCAACCUACAUAAAAAGGUUUUGGGUAGAUUUGAAACAAAAAAUAAUGUUUUUGAUUAUGUCCAGCGGUUUGAAAUCAUACUCAACAAGAAGAUAGCAUUUCUGGACUGGAAAAGAUGCAAAGAAAACAUUAUUUUUGUCUGUGCAAAGUUACAACUACCAAGUUCUAUAACUGCUUCUAAAGGAUGUGGAUGCACCAUCAACUGCGAGAUUAAUUCACGUUUACCCUCUGAGUCCAGAAUAUGCUGGUUCAAGGACCACAACGGCGUAGAUGAACCUGUGAUUGUCGACAGUAUAAAGUAUCAUGGUUCAACAAUAGAAUUUCCAUCCUUGGUUAUUUCAAAUGCAGACAAAUGUGAUGAAGGAUUCUAUGCCUGUCGAAUCAUGUACCCGACUGACUAUCAGUACGAAGAAGAUACUGAAACAGUAGUAUGGCCCAAAACAUACCUGCACGUUAACAAUCAAUGAUAAACAUUAAACAAAAUCAGUCUGUUAAAUCAUGAAAAUUAUGUUAAAGAUUAAAUGUUUAGAAAAUAUUUGUUUCAAAAAAGGCAAAAAAUGUGUACCAUUUUGUAGUAUAUGUAGUUUUUGACAUUGAUAGUAUUGUUUUUUUAAUGCUAUUUGUGUGUGUCAACUCGUUGAUAUCUUCACUGAAUCGUGUUGUUAAGAUAUUCAUCUAAUAUUUGAUGAUGCAACCCUGCCCCAGUAUACGACGUCAUAUUAGUUUAGGCAUCAAUGUAAUACCUAAUGCAACUUGUAAUUAGAUUUUUACUUGCAACGAGCAUUAUCACAGGGACAUCAGUUGGAAACAUGUUUACCCUUUGGGAAAAAACAAUGUUGAACGUGGCAAAUGUUUCAUGCAUAAACAUUGCGAGGACAAACAUGCAAUAAAGACGACAGGUCGGUUCUGAUGUAGGUUGAUCUGGAUGACAUGCAUAAGAUGUGAACUGUCACUUGUCAGUAUGAGUAUUUUGGAUAGGGUUAGACAUUUUGCCUUGCAACUGGCAACCUACGGACCGCUACGCGUGCAUCAGAUUUAACGUCCCAUUUCGACUGCACGUGGAUGCGUUUUUAAAUAGCCCGAAUGGACAAACGGGUGGCCCACUUAAACGAGGGUUUUACUGCCGGACAAAAGAAAUUAAAUGAUGACCAUAUUUCUAUAUCCCAAUCAUGUCUUGGUUUUUUUUAUUGCAGAGGGGGCUAGGAUUGUAUGGCAGUUUACCGCAAAAGACAUGAUUCUGAUUUAAGUGUACUCGAUAUAUGUCUCUGACUUUAAAACUUCAUCAAACAUGUGGACGUCAAAAACUUGUGAAGACAUGAUGAUAUCGGUUUAAGUGUAUUCGACAUGUGACUCUGACUUUAACUUCAUAACACGUGGACGUCAUAAAUGUACCUCAAAUACGUUAACGUCAUACAAUUUGAAGCCAUCAUAUCGAUUUAGGUGUAAACAACAUAAUCAUGUUUCUGAUAUAAUGUACAUUAAACACGGGGCAUUCAAAGAUUUUUGAAGCUACGAUACCGAUUUAAGUUUACUCAAAAUGUGAAUGACUUUAAAUUUAUCAAACACGUGGACGUCAAUAAUUGACAUGAUAUCGAUUUAAAUGUACCCGCCAUGUCUCUCUGACUAUAACUUUAUUAAGGGCCAAGUGAGCUAUUUUUUUUUAUCUCUUAUCGUCAAUUGUCCGUUGUUGUCCUUUAACUUUUACAAAAAUAUUCUCCUCUGAGACUACUAGGCCAAAUUUAACUAAGCUUGGUCACAAUCAUUAUAGUGACAUCUAAUAUAAACCAAAAUGUGACCGAUGACCUCGUCUUGCCACCAAAAUGCCUAAAAAUAAAACAUAGACGUUUGGUAUAUAACAUUGAAUAGUUAGUGCACUUUUGAAAAUUCAACUGAAUAACCAAUAAACCUUUUUUUUUCAAUUA